GCUGUACCCGAGACCACCCAAUCUGAACUCACCGUACAUGUACAUGUAUCUGAGACUAUUACCAGUAGACUCCACUAGCACUCAGAGUCCGACAGUACUUAGCGCAGCAGACCUAUCGACAAACAUUUUCGUAGCCAUUCUUCUUCCUUUCCGUUCACAGGUCAACGACAACGUGUUGUUCUCCAACAAGAAUAAUAACGUUCUCAGCCUUGUUUGCACUGCUCCUGAGAGAGGCUGACAUUGUAGAUUAUGAUGUGUGGUCCUGAUGACGACGUCUCUCUGCUCCUUGCGCGAUGGUGCGCCCGUACUACUACUACUACUACCACCGUGGCCAGCAGCUUCCUGUUGAGCGAGGUGGGAAAGAUGAACCAGCCAGUUGAUGGGUAGUACACGGAGCGAGGAACGAGCAUUUCCGCUUUUCGAUUGGCUCGCCGUGCGAGAUGCAACAACACGCUCAACACGAGUGAAAACCUCCUAUGAGCAAUGCUGGCCAGUCGACAAAACAUCGUCGAGUGCGCGAAACGACACCGCGCUGAAAGCUCGUUCUUCUCCCCUGUUGCUCCCAUUCGUUUACUUGUUGCAACCACAGGUUGUAUGUGCUCAUGUCGAAAUGUUGUACUGUUGCGAACAGGGACAAGGCGCCGUUGUCCACAAACCUCAGAAGGACCGUGUGAACAAGGGUACGGCUGGUAAGAUGUCGGCCAUCUUCGUGCAGGCAGCUCGAGUCGCUACAUUCAGCGCCGUACACUGGAGAUGUGCGUGUGUGGGUUGGAUAGUCGGGGCGACGGGAUAGUGUGUUUCAGCGGCCGGGCUCGAUGCCAGCUCGUCUUCGAAAUCCAAUGUGCUGACGGAACCAUUCCCGUCAUGGUGAACCGUUCGCGUUGCUGGACCCUGGAUUGUGUCCUCACAACUUUCCCAACCCAUCACAGACUGUCACUUCAAAAAGGAAUUUGUGCUACGAACGGAGAAGAAAGGUCAGCACGCUAACGAUCUCUGAGCGGACAGCUUUGCGAGUGUUAUCGGCUGGAUACACUGUGGUCAAGGCCAAGUAGUGCACUUCGUUUGCGUCCAGACCGGGAACUGGACGCUGAGCCUAUCCAACUUUUCACUUCCAAGCCGCUGACACGCCGUUCGAAUCAAGUCUUGCUGAAGGGAAGGAGACCAGAAUUUUCCACGAGAUUGCGAUUGACCACCACGGUUUUCCUGUGGAUGUGCUAGUACUGACCAAGAGAAGGGUAAACUGCAGCAGCAGGGGUAGAGCUUUGGAACAGACACACCGCCGAACCCCCGCCCAGCCAGACACGACCAUGGCAGCAUCCGACCGUAGCUGGUAUCAGUUGCAUGGCGGAUCACGUGCCAUGUCCACGUCUUGUCAGCACAUCCCUGCGCCGUCACCCCACCGAAACGUGCAGGCGGCGUGGCUGGAUGGCGACAGCUCGCCGGAGAAUCAGCCGCUAAGCCUGCGCGACAGCGCACGUCAUCACGCCGUUGCCAUUGACAACCGGCGAGGGCAGCAGACGCGACCGGCGUACGGUAAGCACCUUUCGCCGCACCCAGCGGCGCCGCCGAACAACCCAUCCUCGCCGUCGCCUCGGCUGCGACACUCGUUUCUCAGCAGCUCGCUGGCCAAUCUCCACCAGGAGAGAGUGCAACGAUCGCCCAGCCUGGCGCAGUACAAGUCGCAGCAUCACCCGCACCAACGACCGCACCUCAGCACGGAGGCCCUUAACCGUUCUCAGCAGAUCAGUGAGACGCCAGUGCGGAUCAGCGCUAUGCCCGAGCACCACAUUCAGCGACUGCUAGCCCGCCACGCACUCGAAGCAGAGGAGAGCAGCAGUGACACACUGAACUGUGUGCUAGUCGGUGAGCACGACAGCGGGAAGACGUCGCUGGUGAAUCGGUACGUUCUGAAAGACCUGCCCGUGGGCAAGUAUGAACCAACCGUCUUAGAUCACUACAACGUGAUGCUGACCAUUGACGAACAGCCUAAGCAGCUGCGCAUCUCCGACACAGGAGGUCUGGCCAAGUUCAGCACGUUCCGUCGUCUCAGCUACGCCAACGCUCAUGUCUUCAUGCUCUGCUUCAGCGUAACACAGCUGACGGCGUUGCGCAACAUCCAGGACGUGUGGCUGCCUGAACUGCGACAGCACAACCCCAAUACGCCCAUUAUCCUGGUGGGCAUGAAGGCCGACGCUCGCCUGAGCAAGAUCAGCAUAGACGGCACGCCAGUGGCCGUUGUGUCGGCCGACAAAGCCAGCCGUCUUGCCAAGGAGCAGCGCGUGAGCUACGUCGAGUGCUCUUCCUACACUGGAGUUGGCUUGAAGCAAGCGUUCGACGAAGCCAUCUGGCAGGUGGUCAAGCAACAACGAAAGGCCGCGGCAAAGAAGCCAGGGCAUUCCAUCUCGCACGGCCGGACGAUUAAGCAGGAACUCAAACGUGCUCUGAGCCGGACAACGAGUAGUAAUCCGACGGCAUCACCCGCCACGACUCAAUACUUCCGACACAACAGGCAGCAGAAUCAGCUGAGUCUGGCCCCCACCGCCGUACCCAUGAUCACACCAGAGAUGCCCGCGGGAGCAGCGGCAGACCGGUUUCAGCCUGGGGACGUGGGCGCAUGCGCUGCUGCUGCUGCGUACCCCCCACACGCCGGCGGGCAAAAGAAGCCGUCGCGCAAGAUCGUCGGAAAGCUCCGGAAAAUGUUCCGUCGCAACGCAGCCAGCGCAUCGUCCAACGACGUGGAAUUGUCCUACGCGGCCGUGAAAGCACCUGCGUCCGCGCCGUCGCCGAAGAAGAAACUCCUCAAGAUGUCACACUCCAUGAACGUAUGAACACUUGCGGUGGGCAUCAGCAAUGCCCCACUGCAGUAAUGUUAUAAGUUAGUAAUAUAUAUGCUAGGAUGACUGCGCGACUAAUGAUGAUUCCGUUAUGCAGCGCCCGCUGCACGCGAUGGUGAAGUCAGUGAUGCAGCAGCUCGUACCCGUAACCGACGUUGUUUGUCAACUCCGCUGCCGUGACCAUCAGCGGUUCACCCGUCGAUGCUGGACACCCCUCUGAAAAAAUACUAGCACAUUGGCGACGAAAGUGCAACUCGGGGGAAAAAUGUCUCACCCCACGAACAUAAGAACAACUAUGGAAAGACUGGGUCACGAGUUGGCAUCACCUGUUCUCCCGUCGACGCGUGGCAACAUCUAUUGCUGCCGGAUAUCGGAUAUGGCACCCUGGUUGUUCUGGAGCUGGUGACAGUUGUUCUGGAGGGCCCACUGUGACCAGUAGGUACAUCCGGACACACCCUAAAAUCACUUGAAUCUGUGUGCACUACUGGCCCAGUGCGUAUGGAAGUUUGAAACUGUUUUUUAAUCACCUAUCGCAUUCGUUGAGCAUAGCACUGCUUGCGUUCUUCUUCUGCCGCUAUAUCGACCUGAAACUGUGACGAAGGCAAUGCCGAGAGUGCUUGUGGAAUUGAAACGUUGGUUGUAAAGAAAGUGAAACUUCUUCUGUUCACUAGUGUGAUAACAAGGUCUAACGAUUCACAAUUUGUCGAACUGAUUAUAACAGUUGGCACAUAGCCACAUGCCGAAGCUAGAGCACACAUGGUUGCUUAUUUGUUCCUGCUGCUUUUAUCGUUCCGUUUAGCCACCCCUGUUGACAGGUCUUGCACACCGAGCGUAUACGCGAACUUGCGGGCCGCUGUCCAUUUAAUGUUAAUCAAACCCAAAAAUGCUAAAUUGAAAAUUCUUAUCCAAUACUAUGAUGGAUCAUCC